GUUGACAUGUUUCAAGUGGUAAAUACAAAGUCGACACAAGGGAGAAACUCACCAUCGGCACUGUUUCGUCAAAGUUCCGAGAAUUUCCUCAGUGAAAGCUUCGAACAGGCUAUGCGGACUUCUUCACCGAAGCCUCAGAUAGACCCAGACUCUUUAGCUGAAGUAACGAAUAAUAUGAAACAACAAAAUAGUAUUGCUGCGGUCGCUUAUGUUCUUGUGAUGGGUUUCCACGCAACCAAAGGCUGUUGCUUAGAAUACGCUUAUCCUCGGUUGGAGUUGGACAGUACUAACCUUGGUACGCAAGGCAGUGACCUAGCGUCACCAUUGUAUUCAACCAGUAGUCCAAGAGAAGAGACUUCGGGCAAGCAGGGAACAAGUUUGGACGCAAGCAGUUCGGUAGAGAAGCAGCUACUCAAGUCACUCAGUCUUUUGCCUUCCAUGGCACUUCCGGAUGGAGUCCAUGAAAGAGAUGACGACUCGGUCUUCUUUCGUGUUGACGACAAAUUGUUUGGAGUUGCGUGUUUUCGUCAAGUAGCAGCAACGAGUAUAUCUUCCUUUAGUGCAGACCCCCGAGCUUCAAGGGAGCAAGAAAGAGACUUUGCUUCACGUGGUACGAUACAAAAAUCUGUCGUAUUGCUCAGUAAAUAUCCACUGUUUGGAGUUUUGCUGGAGCACUUGAGACCUGUUGUUAGUAUUUAUUUUGAACAAGGAGACUUUAAAAGGACGAAUAUACUGGCUCAACUAUAUCAUUCAGUGAAUGCUGCACUGAGUUGCAACCAACAUUGUCUAUAUUCUUCAGCUUUUCUUUAUCAUGGCUUGGAACUACGACGCAUUAUUCGAAGACUCGGUUUUCAUACAUUGAGAAUAGUGAAGCUUUUGUUAUUGGAGAAGAAGGUUCUUCUUCACUCUAGUCCUGUAGAAAGUGCCAGUAACGCAGUGCUUUCAUUAGCUUCUAUUUUUCCUGGAGGACUUUCUUAUAUUGCAGAGUCGACUCAUGCGAAUGAUUCAACUGUUUCACUGGAACAAUCUAGGUUAGGGUUUCCGUUGAAUUGUUUUCGCAGCAAUAGUUCAUGUGUUCUUGAACCUUAUGCACCUUUACAGAGGUUACAGCAACUCUUAGGAUUUCGUAAAGCAAUGAAUGAUGAAAGUAUCGACGAAGAAUUUGGCAAAGCAAACAGUGGUUUUCUGGCAGGAACUUCUCGCAAUCUGGGUUUAUUAAUAGCGAGUAUGACAGACCACUAUGAACAAAGUGAAGUGGGUGGUGCUGCUUUGAAUCCUCCAGAUGCCUUUGUAGAUAUUACACUGGGUGAGGUUCAAUAUGCACCUUGGGUGGAAGAAUUAUGCAGAUUGACUCGACGUGAACGUCGGUUUAUGGAGAAUUUAAUAAGUAUUAUUUCUAAUUCUUUUCCUUCACGUUUGGGAAGAUUUAGAUUAUCUCAAGGAAAACAUACAGAUUAUCUACACUCGGAAGAAUACGCACGUGAACGGUUCCACGAAUACUUACAACAGUUCUUAAUAAGUAUUGCUUCUAUUCCAAAUGUUUUGAAUAAGGAGUGUUGGAGCGAUAAGUUUGACAUCCAGACAAUGUUUCGAUCAGACAUGAUUGAGAAUUAUGGUUUGCCAUUCUGUCAGGCUUGGUUAACAACGAACAUAUUUGAUACUUGGCGUAAGAGCUGUGAUAUGAAUGUGUUAUUUUUUACGAGAUCUAUGGAGAGUAAGCUACCACCAAAGAUGAAAACGGACAAUGUUUCGCCACCGCAUUUGCGUGUUCAGUCAUCAAGUUGUACGACCAGUCCGUUACAAGGGAAAUCACAAAAAGUGGAUCGUCGUCUUGUUUUUCAAGGAUAUCAUAGUGAUUCGGGAGAUGAAGAAACAACGGUGUCUGAUCGUUUGAAGCGGAUUGCAAGCAAUAUUUCUAGCCGAUGGAAUAUGCUCGUACUUGGUGGUUCUUUCAAAUAUCAAAAGAGCAGUGAAGUGAAGUCAACAAGAUUUGAGGAGCCAGUUGGUGAUGGAGGAGAGGUUUCUGUAUAUAAAGAUCCUUUUGAGUCCUCGUGGAAUCAUUCGCAUAAAAAAGCAGUAGAUGACUCGACUGGUCUUGCAGUUAUCGAUACCCAAGAUAUCGUCGAAGGACUAUUCUAACGUAGAAAGUACACAAUAAAUGAAUCCUAUAAAUAGCAUGCUUUGAGUUAUCAGGACAUAUGGAUUGCUGAUCUGUUCAAAUUCCGUAUCUCACACUGUUUUAUCAAACAUCUAUUGCGAGAUCUUUCAAAGGUUCUUUUUAUUUAUGUCCAAUAAAUGCUGUAAGAAGCCGCAUAAUUAAAAAUUUUUUUUUUCCA